UUAAAAUAAAUUCCUACAUCAAAAAUUGGGUUAAUCUAUAGUAUUAUAGAUGAGAUGCUGUUAAUAUGAGUAACAAGAAUAAUAAUUCUCCAAGCAUAAGUGUAUAACAACUCAGAUAACCAUUGUUAGUUAUAGGAUCAUAGAUAAUAAACCUCCAAUUAAACAUCUAAAUUUCAACUGUUAAUCCAACACAGGUAUGCUUUAAGGAAAGAUUAAAAGGAAUAAAAGGAACUUGGCAAAUACGAAUCCCGCCUGUUUACCAAAAACAUCACCUCUAGCAUGAUAAGUAUUAGAGGCACUGCCUGCCCAGUGACUAAAGUUAAAUGGCUGCGGUAUCCUGACGGUGCAAAGGUAGCAUAAUCACUUGUUCCUUAAUUAGGGACUAGCAUGAAUGGCUAAACGAGGGUUCAACUGUCUCUUAUUCCCAAUCAGUGAAAUUGACCUUCCAGUGAAGAGGCUGGAAUAACAAAAUAAGAUGAGAAGACCCUAUGGAGCUUAAAUUAACUAGCUUAAUUAUUAUAAUAUAACCUGAUGGACCAAAAUACAAAAAAAAAAAAAAAAGCCAGUAAUUUUGGUUGGGGUGACCUCGGAGAAUAAAAAAUCCUCCGAAUGAUUUUAGCA